AUGUUUGCAGUAGUGGUAGAGGUGGGAGAGACCAGAGAAGACUAUGAUGACAAGCAGGUGGUCACAGAGAUCAUGGCAAGAUGUUUUAUUCCGACUUCAAUAACAACUACUUCCUGGGAAAGUUUUCGUUUUAUUGGUCAUGAGAUUCGAAUUACUGAGGCCAUGGAUUGUUAUGGUGCUGUUGUUUGGCCAUCGGCCCUUGUUCUAUGCUAUUUCCUGGAAACAAAUGCAAAGCAGUAUAAUAUGGUUGACAAAAACGUGAUUGAAAUUGGAGCUGGAACAGGACUAGUCUCCAUUGUGGCAAGUUUACUUGGUGCUCAUGUGACGGCCACAGAUUUACCCGAAUUACUUGGAAACCUGCAAUAUAAUAUUUCCCGAAACACCAAAAUGAAAAGCAAGCAUUUGCCUCAGGUUAAAGAACUCUCCUGGGGAGUAGCUUUAGAUACAAACUUCCCCAGGUCUUCUAAUAAUUUUGACUAUAUUUUGGCAGCAGAUGUGGUCUACGCUCAUCCUUUCUUGGAAGAGCUCCUCAUUACCUUUGACCAUCUGUGCAAAGAAACCACCAUCAUCCUCUGGGCCAUGAAAUUCAGGUUGGAGAAGGAAAAUAAAUUUAUAGAUAGAUUUAAGGAGUUGUUUGACCUGGAGGAAAUUUCCAGUUUCCCUAGCCUGAAUAUUAAGUUGUAUAAAGCUAUGAAGAAAAACCGGAGGAGUGUAUGA